GUAAUAUAAGUUGUCUGGUGGGCAGCGGAGCCGCGAGUUGCGUGGCGGCCCACGGCGACUGAACACGUAGUCGGGCAUUCGGCAGCAUCUACCUUCGCCUAGCGAGGAACGUGCCAGAAUUUGACGGCCAAUUGGACCAAUCAUCUCGUUGAGAGUAAACAAACCGACGAGGAUGGUACGGUGGACCUUGGUGGUGGCAGCGCUGUGCGCGGCGCACGCGACUGCCCUGCCCGCCAGCACGCACGACCCUCUAGUCGUGACCCGAGAUGGAGAUGAGCAGAGCACAAGCCCGACGCCGGCGCCGACGUCAACGCCGACGCCGACGACGAGCGGGCCCCCGCCGCCGCUGAAGGUGACGGAGAUGGACGUGCGCUCCGACGUGACGAUGCGCUACGCGCGCACGGCCGUGGUCACGCGCGUGCGCAACCCCGCGGACCGCGGCCAGGAGGCCGUCUUCAGGGUGCUCAUACCGGAGACCGCCUUCAUUAGCGGAUUCCAAAUGACCUUGGACGGUAAAACGUACAAAGCUUAUGUAAAAGAAAAAGAAGAAGCUAAAAGGAUAUAUGAUCAAGCAGUCUCUCAAGGAAUCAGUGCCGGUCAUGUUGCGGCCAAAGCUCGAGACUCCAACGAGUUCAUGGUGAAUGUAAACGUGGGGCCAAACAGCUUGGGCAUCUUCAACCUGACGUACGAGGAGCUGCUGGGGCGGCGGAACGGCGUGUACAACCACGACAUCAACUUGCUGCCCGGCGCGCCCGUGCCCAAGCUCACGGUGACCGUGCACGUGCGCGAGGCGCAGCCCAUCACCGCGCUGCGCGUGCCCGAGGUGCGCACCGGCAACGAGAUCGACCCCACCGAGACCGACCCGAGUAACGCGAUAGCGGUUAUCAAGAGGUCGGAGGACAAGCGCGAGGCCUCCAUCACGUUCAAGCCUAACCUUGAGGAGCAAAAGAGACUCAUGCAAGUCUAUGAGGAGAAAAGCAAGGAAUCCCAACAGUCUUCAAGGUGGUAUCAUACUGAGAAGACCCAACCGAAGGGGGUGCUCGGACAAUUCGUAGUGCAGUACGACGUGGAACGUCCAAAGAAUGGUGAAAUUCUUGUGAACGAUGGUUACUUCGUGCAUUUCUUCGCGCCGGAGUCGCUGCCGCCGCUGACCAAGCUGGUGGUGUUCGUGCUGGACACGUCGGGCUCCAUGUCCGACCGCAAGAUCGUGCAGCUGCGCGAGGCCAUGCAGGCCAUCCUGUCCGAGCUGCACCCGGGCGACUACUUCAGCAUCGUGGAGUUCAGCUCCAGCGUCAAGGUCCACGACCUAAAAGAAGCGGACGAGCCGGCCGCGUCGCCGCCGAACGACUACUACUACAGCAACUGGAACAACGAGAACAGCCGCAAGGUGACCUUGCUGCCGCCCUCCAGCGCCACCAAGGACAACAUCGACAAGGCCAAGGUCAUCGUCAGCAGGCUGGUCGCGGUCGGAGGCACAAACAUAGCCAGCGCCCUCGAUGUUGCCAUCGACAUCGUCCGCAAAGGCGUGAGCAAGCUGGGACUCACGGGCGAGACGGGAGCCACGGGGGAGACGGGGGCCACGGGCGACACGGGCGCCGAGGACGCGCGCACCGAGGCUCCUGCCACGGAAACAACAGUUGUGGCGGCCACCACGGAGCAAACACAACAAGACGAUGACGAGAAACAGGAGCUGGAGUCCAUCAUUGUGUUCCUGACGGACGGCGAGCCGACGGUGGGCGAGACCGAUCCGAAGCGCAUCAUCAGCCGCCUCUCCGAGAAGAACUCGGGACCGCGCAAGGCCUCCAUUUUCUGCCUCGCUUUUGGCGAGGACGCGGACCGGUCGUUCCUGCGCAAGCUGUCGCUGCGCAACGACGGGUUCAUGCGACACAUCUACGAGGCGGCCGACGCGGCGCUGCAGCUGCGCGACUUCUACAAGCAGAUCUCCUCGCCGCUGCUGGACGACGUCACCUUCAUCUACCCGCCCGACCAGGUGGCAGAGGGUUCGCUGACGAAGCACAGGUUCCGCACGUACUACGCGGGCUCGGAGGUGGUGGUGGCGGGGCGCGUGGCGCCCGGCGCCGCCGAGCUGGCGCCGCGCGUGGACGGCUUCUGCGGCGUCGAGGACGGCGUGGGCAAGAAACGCUACACGGUGUUCCCCCGCGUGCCGGUGGCGCGCGCCCGCGACGAGUACCUGCCGCUGGAGCGGCUGUGGGUGAGCCUCACCAUCCGCCAGCUGCUGGACCGCAAGGACGCCGCCGACGGCCCCCCCCCGCCCGCCGGCCCGGACCCCGAGGCCAAGGCCAAGGAGCUGGCGCUCAAGUACGAGCUGGUGACCCCGCUGACCUCUCUUGUCGUAGUGAAGCCGAACGCCACCAACGCCGUUGACACUCAGUCAGUGGAUGAACCCAAUCGGCCGAACUACGGUGGGCCAGUGGCCGCGCACAGCUUCGCGAGCUACCCUUCCCCGCUGCUGGUGGGGCAUGCGGGGCUGUCUCUCCACACCCAGGCAUUCUUUGGCGCGCCUCUGCCUGUCGCGCACGACAUCGUAUCCGCCGACUAUGAGGUCGACGGCGCGGAAGACGACGGGCUCGCCGAUGGCGAUCAACAUCGAGGUCCAGCUGGAGUAGCACUGAGUGCGCCAGGAGCCGCGUACGGCUCCAUCGCUCAGUCAAUUGGGUUCCCAGCGCCCCCCAGGCCCGCGGCGCACGCGGGGCUCGCGCCGCCGUCCGACACCCGGGCGCCCGCGGAGCUCGCGCCGCCCUUGACCACCCGGGCGCCCGCCGCGGACCACAACAAGCCGGCGGCCAGCCCCCUGCAACCCUACCACUUGGAGCAGUUCGGCUGGACGCAACCCUUGCUCGAUGCCAACUCGGACGCGCUCGUUUUACAAGUGAACGGGACCACAGUUAACCUUAAACUUACUAAGGAUUAUAAUGCGCCCUUGGAGGCGAGCGACGUGGCGUGCGCGCGCGCCGCGGACGGCGGCGCCGGCGUCUGCGUCUACCUCACGCGCUGCGACUCUGCGCGCAACAUCACGCAGCUGCUCUACCAGGACAUCCACUGCACGGUGCAUGCUUCCAACCAAGGGUACGCAGGCGUGUGCUGCCCUAGCGCGAGCGUGGUCGCGCGGAGCCCGGCGCCUUGAGGUAGCACCCAGCUGCCACCAUUCAGAACAAUCUUGUUCGAACACUUACAUAUUAUACUCUAAACAUAAUCGAAAUGUUGUGAAAAUGUGAUUUUAAUGUUUAAGUCCAGGCACUCAUAUAAUAGUUAAACGUAUAAGAAUGUUAUUGA